AUGCCCCCUCUACCGCGCCUGUGUCUUGGGGUGUUGUGGAUCGUCUUCGCUGUGGGAAGCUGCGCUUGUACAGUUGCCGAAGGAAAACCCCGUCCCCCGUACACGAAGCCGGUGAUCCAAACGUCUCAUGACGACGCCUUCAACCCCGAGAGCAGUGCCAGAGAAUCGGUGCUGCCCGUGGACUUCAACACGAUUGUGGCAGAUCCGUUCCUGACGCCUGCCACACUCCUGGAGGGGACGCGGAGCACCGGCAAAGCCAUCGCACCAGAGCACAUCUUCACGAAUCCCACGCUGCGGCUCGUCUUCGACGUGCCGAAUACCGGUCUUGACUUUGUGAUCAAUUUCACCUCUGCCAAGCACCCGCUGAUUCAGGACCCAAACGGCACGCUGUGGCGCUCCGUGCUGCCCUCGAAGAUCGAGGUGGUGAAGCAGAACACCAAGUACACCUACAAUGUGGGAAACCUCAGCCUGAAGAGCUACCGCUCCCAGUCCGAGUCUGUGCAGGUGGUGGCAGGCGCACCGGCGGCCGAUGCGGAGUGCUACACCUCGAAAGCGUGCUGUGCAGUGAACUCGAGCUACUAUAGCAAGUACAAGCUGGUGGACAGUCCUGUGCCUCCGUACGUGUGCACAGGCGCACCAGUCCCGUACUCGCUGAGGCACUUCACUUUCAAUGUUCACAGUACGGCGAAGUUCCGAGAGGCUUCGGCGGUUGCUUCCUGUGAAGUUAAGGCAAAUCCGUGGGGCGAGGCAUCGGUCACGUGCACCGCAAGCUCAAGUGUUGUCAUGAGGGGUGUUACGGCAAGUCCUCCGUACAGAUUGCCGUCUCGUUCUUGCUCACUGUGCCGUCAAGGGGACAGCCUAGCGAAUCCCGAGUCCGUGUCAUCUCCCUUCCCUGUCGUGCUGGGCUCGUUUUGUCCAGAAAGGCAGUGCAUUGGAUACACACCGACCAACUACCGCAGUGACAGGGGCGCCUGCAUCAACUACCCGCUGGGCUUCUACACCUCUGCAGAUGGAAACAACACGAACCAGUUCAGCUCUUUUGAGGAAGACGCUGCUGGACUGUGGCCCUAUUAUUUCAAGGGCUGCAAGUGGAUCGACGACGUCACCAUGUCCCCCACCACGAUCCAAGAGAUUAGCUUUCAGUGCGACGUGCCGGAGUCCACGGGGUGGUCGCUUUCAUACGAGAACUUCAGCGCUCAUCUCACAGACACCAUCGCACCGCUCUUUCCGAUUGGCCGUCCAACGCGAGUCUCAGGACAAUACGCCAAUCCAACGGACAAGAACACCAUCCUCUUUGAGGUCGAGUACGUCUCCUUCUCCCGCUUCAAGGCGGGCAGGUGGACGUUCAGGAUCUGCGCGGCGACGCAGUGCGCCACGCCGACCUUUCCGGUGGCGGGUGAAACAGGGCACUACCCCAAUGUAAUGCGUGUCAGUGUCUCCGCGUCGAAGCUAGGCCUCUCCACAUCGCCCUACGAGCCCACCGUGAUCAUCGAGGUGUACUCCGCCAUCACACCAACGACGAGUCCAUUCCGCACCCUCCUCGCCGCAUCGGUCGUGCAUGUGGAGAAGGCAGUCACGCUAUCGUCCCAGGAUACGGUGAAUAUGACCCUUGCCCGUGACCCACCAGAGCGGGUUCUCUCUCCGUACGCCGCGUCCACAUCGGGGAAGACGACUAGUCGAGUGCUGUGCGAAGGGGACUACCGCUUCUCGACCCUGACGAACAACUGUCAGCCGCUGACGGACAAGGACUGCGCUACGAAGUAUCGCGGCCGCCGCUCGAAGUUCGACUCUGCUACCAAGGCGUGCGCAUACUCUGUGCCGCCGCUGAAUGACCCCCUCGUGUUCAAGUCGCUAGCUGAACCGGAGCCGCCGCGCCUGUACAGCCCCGAGGAGCUUCGUGCCAUCCUCAAGACUGUAAAGCUACCGCAGUUUCUCCGCACCAUGGAGAAGUCGUAUGAGGAGUACGAGCGACAGACAGCACGGCGGGCCGGCCGGCCAGUAAGACUACCACCCGGGCGAGCCGCGGCCGCUGAGGACACUGACGUUGCUGCCGUUGGCGCCGCCGAUGAACCGGCUAUGAAGUACAUGAAGGAGCCCAGUAUGCCUGGGUCACGCGGUCUGACCAUUGGCUGCAUUACGGCGACAUGUCUCCUGUGGACGGUGGCGCUGCUGCGUGACGUGCUUUUCAAGUUUUUUGCGGUGGGCCCCUGGGAUGGCCUGCGCCCGUGUGCGGGCCUUGCGGGCGCGGUGGGGUGCUGGCAUCGGCUUGGUGGGGCAUGUGCAAGGGCCCUCAGGGAGGAGCAGCCGCAGGCGCGGAACGCCGCGAGCAACACCACGGCCACGCCAAUGACCGCCCGGCCCCCCGCUUCCCCAAACAGGACACAGAGCGGGCAGAGAGGUGGACGUGCCAAUUUUGCACCCAAGACGCAGAAAGGAAACGGUGCGACGUUCAUGGCCGGGACGCCGUUGCCCUUUACAACGAAGGCUCCUCACGCGGUGCCUCGCGAAUCCGCUACCUCAGCUCCGCUCCAGUCGAAAGAUCCAACACCCCCACUGCAGCGCGAGAAGCGGGGUGGCGCAAAGAAGGGGCGUCGCCCGCGUGCGCAACGCAGUCGCAACGCUGAGCAAGAGCAUCCACCGAACGUGCCGGCAGGUGUAAAGCGACCGGCCUCUCCGUGGGGUGGCCCACGCCCCUACGUCUCCACAGGGUUUCAUCCGGGCUACCACGCCUUUGGCUUUCCGGAAGCGCCACACGUACCGUUUGGCAGAGAGGCCGGGGUGUCCGCCUCAGCUGGCGUCCCCUUCAUGGGAGGUGACUACGCGGGCCAGAGUGCCGUUUUUCCCGACGAGGGUGUGGGGACGGGCCCCGUGCCAGUGGCCUUUUCCCGGCCACACUCCGCAUCGUCGCAGCGAUGGUACAGCUCCCCGCCGUCGGGGUGGCGGCCCUUCGAGAAUGUCUGCUCCCCUCUUCAGUCUCCCCGCUACGCGCCGUACGAUGCCCCCCUCUCAGAGUUUGGUCUAAAUCCGCCAUCCACGUCGCUUGAUGGGCUUGGCGCGUUCGUGCCAGCCUCCUUUGCGCGACAGUCCUCCCGUGUGGAGGUGCUCUCCUCGGACACAGACGAAAGGACACGGUGA